AUGGAAGCUACUACAUCACCUCAUAAGAUGGAGUUUGUGGCUGGGGGUGCCGGUGGACUUGGAAAGGCAUUGGCAAAGCUCCUGGCCGCACAAGGUUCUCAUGUGACGAUUUUUGGGCGUACAAAGGGUCCGCUAGAGGAAGCUGUCAAGGAAAUAGAGCGGUCGCGCCUAAGCGAUGCGCAGGAAAUCAGGUUCGUCGUCUUGGACCUCUCUGAUUCCAGCCAAGUCGAUUCUGCCUUCAGAGAACAUGAGCGUAUUCCUGAUACGCUUUACUGUGCGGCCGGUGGAAAUCACGCCCAGAACGGGUUCUUCGUGGAUAUCACGGCGGAGCAGGUAAAGGCUUGUAUGAACAACAAUUAUUACGCCACUGCGUAUCCGGCAAAAUCCGUUCUGGACAUCUGGAUUGAGGAUGAUAAGAAACACAAAUGGAAGGCGAAUGCUCGAACUAAUGUCCGUCGGAUUGUCAUCAUAAGCAGCGCGGCCGCGUUUCUUGGGUUGCCAGGUUCAAUUGCUUACACACCCGCUAAGGCGGCUGUUAGAGCAUUGGCAGAUACCCUCCGGUUGGAAAUGUUGCGCUACUCAUCGCCAGCGUCCAAGUACAGUGUCCAUAUCUCUUUCCCGGGCGACUUCAUUUCGCCUGGGUUUUAUCAGGAGCAGAACACGAAGACUGCUCUUACUAAAACUAUGCAGGGGCUAAAAGGAUCGAUAGAGGACUUGGAAAAACGAUAUCCCUCGUCAGAAAAGGUAGCUUCACUGGUGCUUGAGGCUGUGAAAAAUGAGGAGUAUAUUAUCUGUCAGGAUUCGCUUGCCGCAUCGUUGCUUUUCACCAACAUGGUGGGGGCUUCUCCAAAGCGAGGUCUUGGAAUCAUGGAUUCUGUCGUGGGCGUCGUAGUAAGCUGGUUCAUCUGGCCAGUUCUGCGCCGCCGGUGGGAGGGGAUGUGUAAAAAGGAUGGUGAACUAUGGAGACUGGAAGAACAUGAAUAG